AUGGCCGCGCGCCCCGGGCCGCUCUGGCUGCUGGGCCUGGCGCUGUGCGCGCUGAGCGGCGGCGGCGCCUCUGGCCCGCGCCCCUCGCUUGGCUGCCCGCAACGGCGCCUGGGCCCGCGCGAGCGCCGCGACCUGCAGCGCGAGAUCCUGGCGGUUCUCCGGCUGCCCGGGCGGCCCCGGCCCCGCGCGCCGCCCGCCGCCGCCCCCCGGCUGCCCGCGUCCGCGCCGCUCUUCAUGCUGGACCUGUAUCGCGCCAUGGCCGGCGAUGACGACGAGGACGGCGGGACCCCCGAGCGGCGCCUGGGCCGCGCCGACCUGGUCAUGAGCUUCGUCAACAUGGUGGAGCGGGACUGCACCCUGGGCCACCAGGAGCCCCAGUGGAAGGAGUUCCGCUUUGACCUGACCCAGAUCCCGGCGGGGGAGGCCGUCACCGCCGCGGAGUUCCGGAUUUACAAGCUGCCCAGUACCCACCCACUCAACCGGACCCUCCACAUCAGCAUGUUCGAGGUGGUCCUGGAGCAGUCCAACAGGGAGUCUGACUUGUUCUUUUUGGAUCUUCAGACGCUCCGAUCUGGGGACGAGGGCUGGCUGGUGUUGGACGUGACAGCAGCCAGUGACCGAUGCCUCUUAAACCGUAACAAGGACCUGGGACUCCGCCUCUAUGUGGAAACAGAUGAUGGGCGCAGCGUGGAUCCUGGCCUGGCCGGUCUGCUGGGGCAACAGGCACCGCGCUCCAAACAGCCUUUCGUGGUCACCUUUUUCAGGGCGAGCCCCGGCCCCGUCCGAGCCCCUCGGGCGGUGAGGCCCCUGAAAAGGAGGCUGCCGAAAAGAACCAACGAGCUGCCGCCCCCAAACAAACUGCUGGGGAUCUUCGACGACGUCCACGGCUCCCACGGCCGACAGGUGUGCCGUCGGCAUGAGCUCUAUGUCAGCUUCCAGGACCUUGGCUGGCUGGACUGGGUCAUCGCCCCCCAAGGCUACUCAGCCUAUUACUGUGAAGGGGAGUGCUCCUUCCCACUGGACUCCUGCAUGAACGCCACCAACCACGCCAUCCUGCAGUCCCUGGUGCACCUGAUGAAGCCUGACGCGGUCCCCAAGGCGUGCUGCGCGCCCACCAAGCUGAGCGCCACCUCCGUGCUCUACUACGACAGCAGCAACAACGUCAUCCUGCGCAAGCACCGCAACAUGGUGGUCCGCGCCUGCGGCUGCCACUGA